AGUACCGAACCAAGUAGAAAUUAAGGGUGUUUUGACUUCGUACAAAUAUUGAUAAAUGCAUCAUAUCUACCCAUAAGACGAAACCCUCUCAUCAGAGUCUGACCGGAGAUGAAGAUCUCCUCCGUCAUGGUUCACCACUCUCCCACCACCACCGCCACCACCACCGACGAGUCAUCGAAACAUUUUAUGAAGAAACGAAUGCUUGAUUUUACUAUGCUCUCAUUUUUGUUCAUUGGUCUUCUUUACAUCUUAGUCUCCAUUCCCUCUAAUGACAAGUCUUUAUUUUCCUCCCUCAACUCCCACCACCAUCCCUCAACCAUGUACAACAUGACUAUCUACAGAGAUGAGCUUGAGGCAAUCCUGGCCAAAACUGCUACAGAAAACAAGAUUGUGAUAAUAGCAGUAGUAAACAAAGCCUAUGUUGAAGGAGACAAGUCCAUGCUUGAUCUCUUCUUGGAUGGUUUUUGGCUCGGGGACGAUACUCGGGGCUUGAGAGAUCAUCUCCUAAUCGUAGCCGUCGAUCAGACGGCCUAUGAACGGUGCAUGUUUCUUAAGCUACACUGCUACAAGCUUGAAACGGACGGUGUAGAUUAUGAUGGGGAGAAGCUGUUUAUGUCAGGUGAUUUUGUGAAGAUGAUGUGGAGGAGGACUCUGUUUCUUGGAGAUGUACUCAAACGUGGCUACAACUUCAUUUUCACGGACACUGAUGUAAUAUGGUUAAGAAAUCCAUUUCCAAGGCUCAAUCCAAAUGAAACUAUAGACUUGCAAAUCAGUACUGAUGUGUUCUAUGGCGAUGAAUGGUCCGAAUCCAACAAGAUCAACACCGGUUUCUACAUGAUUAGAUCGAACAACAAGACCAUUGCAUUGUUUGAUAAUUGGUAUGCAAAGAAAGACAACUCCAGUGGAAUGAAAGAACAAGAUGUUCUAGAGAUGCUCAUGCAUGAAGGCGUGUUUAAAGGUUUAGGCCUCAGGGUGAGGUUCUUGGACACUCUAUUUUUCAGUGGUUUUUGUCAAAAGAGCAGUGAUGUUAGUGCUGUGGUAACAGUCCAUGCAAAUUGUUGUCGUAGUAUAAGUGCCAAAUUGACUGAUCUGAUGGAUGUUAUUCAUCAUUGGAAGACAUUCAAGAACUUGCCUACAAAUGAGACAUUGACAAUUGAAUGGUCAAAGCAUUUAGCUUGUAUAAAUUCCUGGAAAUUUUGAGUAUAUUUAGUUUUGCUUGAAUUGUGGGAUCUUGAAAUCUUUUAUUUUUUAAUUUUUGUUGUGGGAGGGGGUGGCUGGUCAGAACUAUAAAAAUGUAGAGAAUAUAUAUAUUUUUUUUCUAGUCAAUUAAAUAAUUCCAAUGUUAAUCUUCA